AUGGCCACCUCCACCAUGUCUGUCUGCUCUGACGCAUGCACCAACUCCUCCUGGCAGGUGGACGACUGCCCAGAGAGCUGCUGUGAGCCUAGCUGCUGUGCCCCCAGCUGCUGCCAGCCCAGCUGCUGCCAGCCCAGCUGCUGCGAGCCCAGCUGCUGUGCCCCCAGCUGCUGCCAGCCCAGCUGCUGUGCCCCCAGCUGCUGCCAGCCCAGCUGCUGUGCCCCCAGCUGCUGCCAGCCGAGCUGCUGUGUGCCCAGCUGCUGCCAGUCCAGCUCCUGUGCCCCAAGCUGCUGUGCUCCAUCCUCCUGCCUGACCCUUAUCUGCACCCCAGUGAGCUGUGUGCCCAGCCCCUGCUGCCAAUCUGCUUGCAGCAGCUGCUGCACACCCUCAUGCUGCCAACACUCUAGCUGCCAACCAGCUUGCUGCACCUGCUCCCCCUGCCAGCCAUCCUGCUCUAUGACCCUUUGCUGCAAGCCUGUCUGCUGCACACCCAUCUGUUCUGGAUCCUCCCCAUGCUGCCAGCAGUCUAGCUGCCAGCCCUCAUGCUGUCAAUCCUCCUGCUGUGUGCCUGUCUGUUGCAAGCCUGUCUGCUGCACACCCAUCUGUUCUGGAUCCCCAUGCUGCCAGCAGUCUAGCUGCCAGCCCUCAUGCUGUCAAUCCUCCUGCUGUGUGCCUGUCUGCUGCAAGCCUGUCUGCUGCAAGCCCUGCUCCAGCAUGUCCCUGCUCUGCCGCCCUGUGUGCAGACCUGCCUGCUGUCUGCCCACCUCCUCCUGCUGUGCCUCUUCUUGCCAGCCCAGCUGCUGCAAGGCCUGCUCCAGCAUGUCCCUGCUCUGCCGCCCUGCCUGCUCCCGCCAGGCCUGCUGUGGUCUCUGCUCGGGCCAGAAGUCCAACACCUCACACUCACACACACACUCACACACAUACACACUCUCACAAACUCACCCUCCACCAUCCAACCCCGCCAUGGCCACCUCCACCAUGUCUGUCUGCUCUGACGCAUGCACCAACUCCUCCUGGCAGGUGGACGACUGCCCAGAGAGCUGCUGUGAGCCUACCUGCUGUGCCCCCAGCUGCUGCCAGCCCAGCUGUUGCCAGCCCAGCUGCUGUGUGCCCAGCUGCUGCAUGUCCAGCUGCUGUGUGCCCAGCUGCUGCCAAUCCAGCUCCUGUGCCCCAAGCUGCUGUGCCCCAUCCCCCUGCCUGACCCUCAUCUGCACCCCAGUGAGCUGUGUGCCCAGCCCCUGCUGCCAAUCUGCUUGCAGCAGCUGCUGCACACCCUCAUGCUGCCAACAGUCUAGCUGCCAGCCAGCUUGCUGCACCUGCUCCCCCUGCCAGCCAUCCUGCUCUAUGACCCUUUGCUGCAAGCCUGUCUGCUGCACACCCAUCUGCUCUGGAUCCUCAUGCCGCCAGCAGUCUAGCUGCCAGCCCUCAUGCUGUCAGUCAUCCUGCUGUGUGCCUGUCUGCUGCAAGCCUGUCUGCUGCACACCCAUCUGCUCUGGAUCCUCAUGCCGCCAGCAGUCUAGCUGCCCGCCCUCAUGCUGUCAAUCCUCCUGCUGUGUGCCUGUCUGCUGCAAGCCUGUCUGCUGCAAGCCCUGCUCCAGCAUGUCCCUGCUCUGCCGCCCUGCCUGCUCCCGCCAGGCCUGCUGUGGCCUCUCCUCAGGCCAGAAGUCCAGCUGCUGA